AUGUCAAAGGCGUGGAUCCUUUUGAAUUCAAACCCAGGCACUGCCAAAUCAAGUCCAGGCGGCUUAACCAUUGAACUAUUUUUUGUCACCAAAACAUCAUCCUACUUACAUAGAAAGUCGAUUAACAUUAACAACGGCAACUGUGGCGAUAGGAUCUGUACCAAAACCAACGUUGGCGGCAAGGUGGUCGGUAAAUGUAUGGAAGCGAAAGCUAGUGUAACAGAAGAUGAUGAUUAUAUGACUUUCUGGAGAAACGAAAAUAUGAAAGGUUGCAGAAAGAACAAUGGCAACUGUGGGACAGAUUCGUGUGUGGAGGUGAAGACAUUGAUUGGUGAUGUGUCUGUGAGGUGUGAUGAUGUUGAUUACCAGACCUACAGUACCUUCCCGAGCUAUCGCGGUAGUUUUACAGUUGUCAUCUUUGUUCCAGGAUUUGAUUUCUAA